AUGUCCACUCCGCCCGUAGACCCGCUCUCGGCUGUGGAAAGCGGCCCCCAAUCGCACUAUUUUCAGCUGCCCAGGAAGUUGCCCAAACGAAAGAGCCGCUUCAAACGCUCGGAUGGCAGCACGUCGUCCGACACAACAUCUAGUUUCCUCAAACGGCAGGGGUCGGCUGAUUCCUAUACCAGUAGGCCGUCGGAUUCCGACCUGUCAGCCGAGGAGGACCGCGAGGCGUAUCGGCGUGAAGCCGAGCGCCAGGCACAACUUCAGCUCGACAGAGCUAAGUCCAAACCUGUAGCGUUUGCAGUAAAAACCAAUGUGAGUUACUGUGGAGCUCUCGAUGAGGACUGUCCUGUCCAAGGAGCUGCAGUCAACUUUGAUGCCAAAGACUUUCUGCACAUCAAAGAAAAGUACAGUAAUGACUGGUGGAUCGGCCGGCUCGUCAAAGAGGGAGCUGACAUCGCCUUCAUUCCGAGCCCACUCAGGCUGGAGGCAAUGAGACUCAAGCAAGAGCAGAAACAGAGGAAAACAGGUGGCAACUCUUCCAGUUUAGGAGACAUGGUAACCGGAAGCUGGAGGACCACACCGCCAUCUGCAGGUGAAUCUAAACUGAAGCAAAAACAGGAACACGUCCCACCAUAUGAUGUGGUGCCCUCCAUGAGGCCGGUGGUGCUGGUGGGGCCGUCACUCAAGGGUUAUGAGGUUACAGAUAUGAUGCAGAAAGCCCUUUUUGACUUCCUGAAACACAGGUUUGAAGGAAGAAUCUCAAUUACUCGUGUCACUGCCGACCUGUCCUUGGCUAAGAGAUCCGUCCUUAAUAAAAGACCCAUCAUGGAGAGGUCCAACACUCGCUCCAGUCUGGCUGAGGUUCAGAGUGAGAUCGAGAGGAUAUUUGAACUGGCCAAAACGCUGCAGCUUGUGGUUCUCGACGCAGACACCAUCAACCACCCCGCACAGCUCUCCAAAACCUCCCUUGCGCCCAUUGUCGUUUACGUCAAGGUUUCCUCACCAAAGGUGCUCCAGAGGCUGAUCAAAUCCAGGGGAAAGUCUCAGAGCAAGCACCUGAACGUGCAGAUGAUGGCUGCAGACAAACUCUCUCAAUGCCCCCCUGAUUUGUUUGAUGUUAUUUUGGAUGAAAACCAGCUAGAGGAUGCUUGUGAGCAUUUGGCGGAAUACCUGGAGAUAUACUGGCGGGCCACUCAUCUCCCAGGCACCACCCCUCUUAAUCCUCUUUUAGAGCAGACUCUGAUGAGCCCGCCGUCCGCCAUCUCCAGCCUCCAGAACAAGAACCAGCCGCAGGGUAGCGAGGCAGCGGGUUUGGAGGCUGAGGAGCAAGAAGAAGAGGAGGAGGAAGAACCGGGCGAGGAGGCCCUCUCCCCCUUGGAGCAGGACAGUCUCAUGCCAUCGGACGAGGCCAGUGACUCCCUGUCUCACGGCCAGAGGGGGAGCCCGUGUCAGAGGGGCGGAGAAGAAGAUGAAGAGGAGGAGGAGGACGAGUACACCUCUCCGUGUCACGGCCGCACGUGCCGGGGCAUGUACCCUGCUCGCCGCGGACACGCCGGAGGCCACAACGCCAACAGCCACGAGUCGCAGGACAGGCUGCUUCAAAGUGAAGCCCAGCGGGGUCACAACCAGAGGAACAACCGCCAGCGCAGCCGCCCUUGGCCUCGAGACACCUACUGA